AUGGCCAGGGUGCGCGGGACGGGUCGGAUCUCACGCCGGCGGCCUCCUAAGGCGGUCCGCGGCGGCGGCGAAGACAGGAUCAGCGCCCUCCCCGAUGAUCUCCUCCUCCUCAUCCUGCGCCGCGUCGACACCCGCACGGCGCUCGGCACUGCGUCGCUGUCCAGGCGCUGGUCCCGCCUCCCCGCCGAGCUCCCCGCCUUGGACUUCAGUGUCUUCGACGUGCUCCCGGAGCGCUACUGCAGCUGGCUCCGCCUCCAUCUCAGGAUCGACGACGCCACGGAUGAGAGUGUCCUGGCUAACUUGAUGAGGUACGAGCGCCGCGCCAUGCGCGCCCUAAUCGGCUUCAUCCAGAGCCGCCUCUUGUUGGACGCUCCCCGGAGGCUCCGCCGGCUGGGGCUCCAGUUCUUCUCCGCCGACAAUAACAGCGGCCUCAUCAACCGGCUCGUCGCCAAGGCCAUCGACGACUGGGGGGUCAGCAAUCUGGAGGCCGUCGCCGCGCCGUUCUACACGCAGCCGGCCGCCGCCCACGCCUUUCCCGGCCACGGCCUCUGCGAGCGUCCCCGCGCGUCGCGCCUGCGGAAGCUCAAGCUCGGGGGCUGCGCCGUGCUCCCGCCGCUUCACGAGCACGGCGCGCUCACCAAGCUCGUCCUGCAAGACAUGCCGGAGUCGGUGCCUGUCGCGGCCUACGAGGCCGUGCUCGCCUCGUGCCCGCAGCUGCAGGUGCUGCACCUCGUGUGCUGCCUCUGCCGCGGCGCCGAGGUCAUGACCGUCGACGCCCCAAUGUCGCGGAUCAGGGAGCUCGUCGUCGACAGGUGCGAGUUCCCGACGAUGAUACGCAUGGCGGCCCUUCCCGGCCUCGAGAGGCUGGCCUCGCUCGGAACCAGGGUGUCCUUCGCGGAGUCCGCCUCGUUUCCCCGCCUCAGCCAGUGCAACCUCGCCUGGUUCUCCGAUGCCCAGCCGACAAGGACGGUGCUCGACUUCCUCGUCCGACGGACCCCGGACAUUGCCAGCCUUAUGAUCCGAUUCACCGGACCGGAGAGGUGGAUCGUGCCGUGGAGCCACCACCCGUCGUCGCUGCUGCCUAACCUGAGAAGGCUACUGGUCGCCGACGUGCCUUCGUCCUGGGACGUCUCGUGGCCCCGGCUCCUCCUCGAGAAGGCGCCUUCCCUCGACACCCUCCACAUCCACGUCGCCGCCUGCGUGAAUGAACCCGGCGAGGAGAUAAGCUGGGGGGCUGCCGUGCCUCGGCACCAUGGCCUCAAGGAGUUCGUGAUGGUCGGUUUCGAGGGGACGGCGAGGCAGGUUUACCUUGUCAGGUUCGUCAUGGGAGCGUGCGCGGCGCUGCGGUGUGUCGCCGUGUUCAAGGAAGGGCAUGCUCGUGACAAGGGGCACUGGGACUGGGAGAUAGUGGUGCAGUCACACUCGUGGACCGACGAGGAGAGGAACAACUUGCUGGGCCAGAUCAUGGAUGGCGCUUCUUCCUCGGCUGCCUCGGUUCAAAUGGUUUUUGGCUGA